AUGCCUCUCGGUCCAGCCAACGCUGCGAUUCACAUCCACGCACCAGCGCCAGCGGAGAUUCUCCAGGCCAAUCCACGCACCCCGACCAAGGUCACCGUGCACCCUGUUGCCCUGUUCUCGAUCUUGGACCAUUAUCUCAGGAGGGCAGACUCUCAAGAACGCGUUAUUGGAACCCUCUUGGGCACUCGUCAUGACGAUGAAGUAGAGGUCAGAUCCUCCUUUGCUGUUCUUCACAGCGAGACCGAUGAGCAAGUCGCGGUGGACAUGGAAUAUCUCAAAACGAUGUACGAGCUGCAUCACAAGGUUAACCCAAAAGAAAUCAUCGUUGGGUGGUACUCGACUGGCUCUAACCUCAAUACCUAUUCUGCAUUGAUCCAAAACUUUUACUCGCAAGAGACUGCACCUCACCAAGCUGUCCUGGUGUCUGUGAACACUGGUGUCGAACAAGGACAAGAAGCUGGCGUGACUGCCUACGUCAGCUCACCUGUUGGUGUUUCCCCCAAGCCUGAAAACUGCGUCUUUGUGCCAGUCCCAGUGGAAUUGAAGUUCCAUGAAGCAGAACGAAGUGGGGUUGAUCUCUUGACCGGCACCGCCGCCUCGUCAACAUCCACCUCUGCCCAGCCCAUCGCAGACCUCGAAAUCAUCGAAAGAUCAAUACAAAGCACUCUAGGAAUGUUGGAUCGCGUUCUCAACUAUGUUCAGGCCGUCCUCGCAGGCGAGAAAAAGGGCGAUGCUGCCAUUGGCCGUUAUCUGAUGGAUACCCUCGGUGCAAGCACCGACGAUCUGGAGAAGAGCGGGUUCAAUUCCAGCCUACAAGACACCUUGAUGAUUUCAUAUCUCGCGAACCUCGUUCGGGCUCAGGCAGAGGUUUCCUCGCGACUAGCAUUGGCUUCCGCUCCGUGA